AUGUGGCUACGGGUGCUAUUAUCGUGCAGUAUAUGUGGACAUGUACUGUCACAAAAUGACAACGUGAAUUCAGCAAGUGCCAAUGUGCAAUGGGGAUGGCAGAUGACUCAAGCGGGACCCGGUACUGUCGGCCACUACUUCGUUAAACUUCCUGAGUCUGAACAGCAAGUCCGUUACAUAGCGGACAGCAGCGGGUACCACGGUGCCGUCGCAGUCACUACGAGCGACCAAGAACAUGUCCAUACCACCAGUUUUGCACUCGGAGAACGCGCUGUGGAGCUAAAUUCUCAGGUAUCCAACGGAAGUCACAUUGAAGCAAUCAACAACUUACAACAUAAUCAAAAUCCAGUCGAAAUCUUCUUUUUACAACAGCAGUAUCCCACUCAGGGACAAUUUUUCCAAAUAGUACCUAAUAAUAAUAAUGAAAAUGUAGUUCAAUAUACAUCUUUUCCUAAUGUUUACUAUACGAAUACAGCUUCUAACCAAAAUAAAUAUGAAACUAUUGUAAAACAUACAAACGACAACAACAGAAACACAAAAGAAACACCCACAUCUAAUGACAGAAUGUCGAUUGAUAACCAAAGUGAUGAAAUAAUGGACACAAGAGAAAAUGGACCUAUUGUACGUGUGUUUAAAGAUCAUAAAUGUUCUAAUGAUGAGUAUAGUGAUAAUAGAGAGGAAUAUAGAAGUAAUUCACAAAGAAGUUCAAGUAUUAACCAAAAUGAACCUAUUCAUAAAGAACCUAAUAUUCAUGGAAAUUUUAGAGCUCGCGAUAACAAACAUCCAGUAAGCUACCAGGACAUUAAAAUAAAACAAAAUAAUGAAAGACUUAAUUAUUACACAGAAAUAACUCAUACAACAUCAAAACCUGUUACAUUUACUGAACAGGAAGGCAUAACUAGACUAGUCGCUUCUACUCAGGAUUUAAUAACAAAUGAAGAUCUUUUAAGAAUUAACCAUGCAGCAGAAAGAAUAGUAAAUAGUUAUAGUGACGAUAUAAUCAAACCUCGGCGUCGAUCAAAUUCAAGAGCUAUAAGUUUUUACCAUAACAAUCCUCAGCAAAAUCCCAGAGGUAGGAUAACUCUGGCAGCAAAAUAUGGUAAUUUUGUUGAUAGUGAUAAUAAUCAACCAAAUGUCCAAGAGCAGUCUUACCAAACUUCUAAUAAUGAUUAUAAAUUCUCCUCACCAAUAGUAGUUGACGACUCAAAUUAUGGAAAUUAUAAGCAACAAAUUGUUAAUAACUUAGUAUCAACAAUGGUUCCGUAUAUUGAAAAUGGUUAUGAAAUUAUUGAUGUUAGAAAAUAUUUAAGCAACAAUACUUAUGAUCAAAAUAAGCCUGAAGAAGACCUAGUUAAUAUAACACCACGACCCGUAAGCCAAAACUACUUAGCCCCUAUUACGGUAGCUUUAAGGCUGUUAAAUGCAAAUCAUUCAGAUGAUUUGAACACAGUUGAUGAUUACGAGUCUUCAGACAGUGAGUUAAUUGCAAAUACUGUGAAAAGUCCUCAAUCUGGUAAAACAGUUGUAGAAAUACAAGAAUCGAUACCUGUUGAGAUAAUGCACAUUAAUGACGUAGAAUAUCAUGAAUAUUUAGAAGAAGGAAGAAGUAAUAAAGAUAAUCCUUUAGGCAUCGUUAAAUCUAUAUAUCAAAAUUAUUUACAAUCCUUGGAAGACGCAAAAUAUACUCAAAGUAAAGACAGUUAUAGCUCCAAUAGCAAAAACUCUGAUUAUUAUGAUAACAACAAUAAAAACUCUAAAGAAACGUUAGAUUCUAGUGAAAAUAGUCAAUCUGAGAUUCAACAAGCUAGUUCUGAUACUAACAAUGCUUAUGCGAACUAUUAUAAUUCCGAUCAAAAAAUAAUUCAGCCAAUUAUUAUUGAAAAACAAGUACCUGUGACGAAAUAUGUGGAUCGUUUCAUUGAAAAGCAGGUUCCGUACCCAGAACCAGUGGAGGUAGUUAAACAAGUAGCAGUAGAUAGGCCUGUUCCGGUACCAGUACAUUAUGAGACGAUCGUUGAGAAGCCCGUAGAAGUUACUAGAUACGUUGAUAAACCCUAUCCUGUUGAAGUUUUACAACCUUAUCCGGUUGAAGUUCGUGUGCCAUACCCGGUAGAACAUAAGGUUUAUGUCGACCGUCCUGUUCAUGUUCCUUAUCCUGUGGAGAAAAUUAUAGAAAAACAAAUGAUUCAUCAAGUACCCGUACCAACUCCUGUAGGAAUACCAGUAGGAAUAGAAGUUCCAGUAGAAAAGAAAGUUUUUUAUCCGUUCCCAGUCGAAACACCUGUACAUGUACCAAUACCAGUGGAAAAACCUGUCACCGUUGAAAAAAUUGUUGAAAAAAAGGUCCCUGUACCUUAUCCCGUGGAAAGACAAGUUCCGUAUCCCGUCCGACAUGAAGUUAAAGUUCCUGUCCCGUAUCCUGUCGAGAAAAGGAUACCAGUGCCAGUAGAGAAGAUAGUUGAAAAACCCGUUACAGUCACUAAAGUGGUUGAGAAACCUGUACAUAUCAAAGUGCCGGUGCCGCAUCCAGUGCGAAUUGAGGUCCCAAGACCAUAUCCGGUUGACAGGAUAAUUGAGAAGAAAGUACCCUAUCCUGUACACGUAGAUCGAAUUGUAGAAAGAAAAGUGCCUGUAAAUGUUCCGUACCCUGUUAAGUCUGUUGUUGAAAAAAUCAUCGAAAAACCAGUAGUCGUUACCAAAUAUAUUGACAAACCGUACCCCGUAGAGAAGAGAGUUCCUUAUCCUGUGGAGAAAAUCGUGGAAAGAAAAGUACCAUAUCCUGUUCAUGUUCCUGUUGAAGUAAAAGUCCCUUACAUAGUCAAUAGAGAAGUACAAAACAGAGAAGUACAAAGUGAUCAGCCGUAUCAGUACGAAAAAGUGAAACCAACUACUAUUUAUAGUUAUGGUAUCCCACAAGACGCUCUAACAAACGUGGCGAAUUACUUAAAAUACAAUCAACAACAAUACAAACAGGCUAUACCCAAUUAUGCACAAGAAAUUGAAGCCUAUAGUAACCAACAGCAAGCCGAGUCCCAAAGAAACUAUCAAAUAGAGCUUGCAAAUGCCCAUAUUUUGAAGAAUUUGCAGAACUCUACACCAGUUUACACAACUCAUUGGGGGAAUCAGUACGCGUCGUCCUUCCACUAUUUAAACUCUACAGACGGUAAGAGACCAAUGCCUAACCAUGUACAAGAACAACAUAAAUAUUAUGGUCCCCCACCUCUAAAGAAUUAUGACGAUCAAUGGGAGAAAAAUAAGGAAUAUACGGAGAGGAUACGUAGAACGGAUAGAACGCCUAAAAUGACUAACCUAAGGAUAGAGUAUGGCGGAUUCAAACCACCUUUAAUCCCGAGCACAGAAGUCGAUUUGGAUGGAGUGCCUAUUAAAAAAAAUAACGAUCAAUCA